CGCGAACUUUCACCAUUCCCACCACCACGCUUUGGUCGCGUAAUAUUCAUCUCAAUGUCUCCCAUUGAUGAAGCACACAAAGUUUUGAAGGAUGUUUUCGGUCAUUCCUCUUUUCGAUUAUCCCAGGAAGCUGUGAUUCGUCGUCUUCUUGUGGAGAACGAGAAUGCUUUGGUACUCUUUCCGACUGGUGGGGGGAAGUCCUUAACCUAUCAAGUCCCAGCGCUUUGUCUAGACGGAUUGACGCUGGUAAUCUCACCUCUAAUUGCCCUGAUGAAGGACCAAGUGGAUGCACUUCGCGAACGCGGUGUCAAAGCCGCCAAUCUUGAUAGCACGCUGGACGUGGAGGCGGCAAGAGUCGUGAAACACGACGUUAUUGCGAACAAAAUUAAACUCUUAUACGUCGCUCCAGAGAGGCUCAAUAAUGAGGGUUUUCUGGAGAUGAUGAAGCAUGUAAAGAUAUCCCUGCUUGCUGUGGAUGAGUCGCAUUGCGUGUCUCAGUGGGGUUUGAGUUUUCGACCUGAAUACCUCAAGGUCGCGCGCUUCGCCGAAGAAAUGGAUGUCGAGCGCGUUCUGUGCCUUACAGCAACAGCAACACCGAACGUAGCCAAAGACAUCUGUGAACAAUUCUGUAUUGAUCCCAAAGCUGGGCUAUUUGACACGCCAGUAUACCGGCCGAACCUCUCCUUCCAGGUUGACGUUGCUGACAACUUUGCUCAAAAGAUGGAGUGUCUCGUUCCGUUCCUCAAGAAGAGGACUGGACCGGCCAUUAUCUAUGUGACGCUGCAGAAACAGGCACAGGAUGUUGCGGAUGCGCUCACGGGGCGCAAAUUAGAUGCUAUGGUCUAUCAUGCGGGACUCCCAAGUGAACAGCGAGCCCAGAUACAACAACAAUUUAUGGCUUCGGACAAAGGGAUCGUGUGCGCCACCAUCGCUUUUGGCAUGGGAAUAGAUAAAGCCAACAUCCGGCAGGUUGUCCAUCUCUAUAUGCCAAAGACGUUAGAGAAUUACAGUCAAGAAGUGGGGAGAGCCGGUCGCGAUGGCCUUCCUUCCACUUGCUUGCUAUUCUUGUCUGCCCCUGACAUCCCCGUCCUUGAGGGUUUUUCUAGGGGGGAUACCUGCAGCAAGACAUCUCUGGAGCUUUGGAUGCAAGAGGUGGCUCUCAAGGGUCCCUCGACUGAUGGGACUCUUGACUUCAACCACUACCAACAGUCGAAGUCGUAUGACAUGAGGGCUUCGAUUCUUGGGCUAUGCUACGCCCAGUUAGAACUCCAGCACAAGUACAUUCGGGCGGUGACACCGUUCUAUGAAAUCUAUGAUAUCACAUUCCGCGAUACAGAGGGUAUGAAGCAAGUGAAGACGGACUCGUCCAAAGCGGCGAAAGCUAUCAGGGCUAAUUGGCAGUCCAAAACAAGCGGGUUCCAGAUUAACAUGGUAGAAGCAGCUGAGCAAUCUGGGUUAUCUAGAGAGUCAUUGGCUAAACAAAUAUCCAUGUGGGAGAUCGGACAAUACAUUUCGACCAAGCCGUCGCAAGUUCGGAUGCGUUAUCGUAUAGUGACCCCUCUGCCCACAGAGGUAUCCAAGGUCUCAGCAAUAGCCCAUGAUAUCCAUGCUGGGAUGGUUCAACGUGAAGAAGAGGGUAUUCGAAAGCUUCAAGAGGUAAUAGAGUUUGCCAUUAAGCCUGAAUGUCUAGCUCAUUCCCUUGCGACCUACUUUGGCCACGGUGACGCCGUUCCCAAAGGACGCUGUGGUCACUGCACGUUCUGCAAAACCGGCACCGGCAUCGUCUUCAAGCAAGGCGUUAACACUACUCCCGACCCUGCCCAGGUUCAGGCUAUUCUCAACGCAUGCCCAGAGCGGGACGACCCGCGUUUGCUCGCGCGUAUGGCGUUCGGGAUUACGUCGCCGAGGCUGACGGCGGGCAAAUGGAGCACGAGCCACCCGCUUUUUGGAAGCAUGGUAGAUGUUGAUUUCAAUGAGCUUGUGGAGGCAUUUGAUGCCGAGUGUAAGAAGGUCGACUAUGUGAGCUUGACCGUGCCAAAGACGACGGCAGUGCCAAAAAAGAGAUCAGCGAGUACGAGGGGAGGAGGCGGACCAAGUAAGAGAGCAAGAUAUACUCGUCGUUAGUUAUCAGUGUAGCACUCCACUUUGCCUUCUAGUCUUCAAGACCAAACACUGAUCCCUCUCUUAUUCUACUUCUCCAGUCACAAUUCUUGUACUUGUACCAAUUACACUGACUUUGCCUCAGUCAUUACAAGGCUUUCAUGCUUUGUUCAUACCUACCUUACGUGACCAUACCUGAUAUACCUCUCCCGGACAAAUAUCUGAGUGAGGGAAAUGCCGAACGAGGACUCUCAAGCCUGGCCAUGGCCGAGGAGUGUGCGUCGACCUCAAAAGGGUAUCUCGAAGGGCAGAUACUCAUAGGAAGCUUGUACUGCCAUGGAUAAGCUAA